AUGUCCUCGCAGCAAAACGAUGACGAGGUGAUCACCGCCUACCCUAACUACUACCCGGAUCGACAGAAGCAGCAGCUUCCGGGUGAGGAUCAAUCCAUGGAGCCUCUCGCCGAGCAUGUCAAGGUCGAAAAGUGGGACAACAACGGUAAACCUUACCUCGAAGAAUACAAGGGUAGCGGCAAGCUCCACGGCAAGUCGGCCAUCAUCACGGGCGGUGACAGCGGUAUCGGUCGCAGCGCUGCGCUCUUUUUCGCGCGCGAGGGUGCCAAUGUGACCAUCGCCUACCUUCCCGAGGAGGAGAAGGACGCUGAUGCAGUCGAGAAGCUCGUCCGCCAAGCACCCAUGGGCACCAACGAGAUCCUCCGUGUACCCGGCAACCUCGAAAAGGAGAGCGACUGCAAGCUCGUGGUGCAGAAGCACCUCGACAAGUGGGGCACCAUUGACAUUGUCGUCAACAACGCCUCGAAGCAAGUCCCCUGUAAGCAGUUUGAGGACAUCGACCUCGACGUCACCGAAAGCACGUUCCGAAGCAACGUCCUCGGUGCCUUUGCGCUCACCAAGUAUGCACUGCCGCACAUGAAACGCGGUUCCACCAUCAUCCAAUCCACUUCAGUCACAGCGUACAAAGGCUCGGCCCAAAUGAUCGACUACUCGUCUACCAAAGGUGCACUCGUCUCUUUUACCAGGAGUAUGGCCCUGCACCUCGCACCCAGAGGUAUUCGCGUCAAUGCUGUCGCCCCUGGACCGAUCUACACACCGCUGCAGCCUGCUAGCCGCAGCGCGGACAACAUGGAGGGCUGGGGCAUCGGCGGCGCUCCGUUGCACGGACGUCCAGGCCAGCCUGCUGAGAUGGGUGCUACCUAUGUCUAUCUUGCUGAUGCGGGCUCUUCCAACAUCAUGACCGGCCAGGUUCUACACCUCUCCCACGGCAGCUGGUUUGGUUCCUGA